AUGACCUUCACUUGUGGCACGUGUUGGCGCGAGUUUCCCGCAGGCUGGCACUCCCGCGAGCAGCAUAUGAACGCUACGGGCCACGAACAACCGCAGUUCGAAUGCAACGAUUGUGAUCGCUAUUUCGCAACACAGCAAGCUGUGAAUCAGCACAUGGACGCCCUAGAUCAUUGGGCUGAGUCGGAUGAGUCGGAGUACGAAUGUGAUGAUUGUUCCGAUGCGUUCUCUAAAGAAGAAAACCUCCGCGACCACGAGAUUAGCAAGCACUUCUACUGUGAUCUUCAUGAUCGGUAUUUCCAAGACGAGAAUAGCAUAAAAAAUCACCUUAAUGGUAGCAGUCAUCGCAAAGCGGAUCUAGCCUGCCCUUUCUGCAAGACGAGGCGUACCAACGCAACAGGGUUGAUCCAUCACCUGGAGCGCGGAUCCUGCCUAAACGCCCCCAUUGACCGAGCAAAGCUCCACGAUGAAAUCCAACGCCGUGAUCCCAACAGCAUCCUUACCAACAAGCUUCUUAAGUGGCAAGACACUGAUACCUACGAGGCCACACAGAAGGCUUGGAACGCCGAUUCCAACGGGUUUGAUUGCUACUUUUGCCACCGAAGCUUCAAGAAGCUCGAAUCAUUAAACCAACAUCUCGAGUCACCAAAGCACCGGCAGGAUAUUUACCACUGUCCUAAUCGCCACUGCAAUAAAGAGUCUCCAACCCUUGCUGCGAUUAUCAACCAUUUGGAAAGCGAGAGUUGCCGGUUUAUGCGCUUCGACGCUGUUCAGCACAAUGCUCAGCGAAUUAUUACCCCGGGGCGGAUGAUAGCCUUUUGA